AUGGCGACAGGUAGCAAUGCAGAGCAUCUGAUCCAUUCCGACGAUCCUGAGCACCCUGCCAACCAUAUCUGCACGCUUUGCGCAAAGUUCUACGAAUUGGGCUGGGUCACUGGCACCGGCGGUGGAACAAGCAUUCGAAAAGAUGACCUCCUCUAUAUUGCACCGUCGGGUGUGCAGAAAGAACUCAUGAAGCCUACCGACAUGUUCGUGAUGGACUAUAAUACCAAAGAAUACCUACGAAGACCUACCGUCUACAAGCCCUCCGCCUGCACCCCCCUCUUCUACGCUGCUUUCACCCGAGGAGCAGGUUGCUGCAUACACACGCAUUCCCAAUGGGCCGUUCUUGUUACCUUGCUGGUGGAACGGGAAUUUGGCUCCGACGCCCCCUUUGAAAUUGGAAUGAUUGAGCAGAUUAAAGGAAUACCAAAGGGACGAGGAAAGCAAGGCAACCUUGGAUACUUCGAGAAGUUGACAAUACCAAUCAUCGAAAACACAGCGCAUGAGGAGGACCUCACGGAGAGCUUGGAAGAAGCUAUGGAGAAAUACCCUGAUGCUUAUGCGGUACUGGUUAGAAGGCAUGGAAUUUAUGUCUGGGGGGACAAUGUUCACAAGGCGAAGACACAAUGCGAAAGUAUUGAUUACAUCUUACAGCUUGCAGUCGAGAUGCACAAGCUCGGCCUUCCGUGGGUCAAGAAAUCAUGA